UUCAUGAGGAUUUGCCUUUUUUUCUUGGGACCUGGUAGUGGAAGGCUGUACCAAGAAGAUGAGCAAAAUUGAAAUUAUUACAUUCCCUGUGGUUGUUGCCAAUUCAAGGCAUCGGCUCAUAGCUGAAAAGAAGCAGGCCCAAAAAUGGGAUUUCUCUCGCCGUCUUAAACCAGAACCAGCAAGGCGUCGUUUGGAUAACAAACCUCUAGAUGCCCAGCCUCACCACUACUUCCAGGUCACAAAGAUUCAGAAGUUAAAACUUCCGAAGAUUGUGGAGGAGGAGAGGACGGAGAAGCCAAAUUACCCUGUGCCAAUGCACCAUGAAGCCCAAAAGAAAAUUGGGCUGAUUGAACGAGAGAACAAAAGCCUCUCAACACGGCUAGCUAACAUCUAUCGCGGAACAGGCAUGGUUGACUGUUGGAAUGAAUAUCAACAGAAGAGUAAAAUCCGACUGAAGCAGAACAUGGAAAUUGUAAGGAUUUCCAUGGAGAACCAAGCAAUACUCAAGAGGAUCGGAGAAAGAAAGCCAACCAUCAAUCGGAAACAAUCUGAGCUGGAUUGGCAGAAUUCGAGGAAAUAUCUGAGGAACACCACCUGCGCUCUAAUCUCAAAUCGCGAGAAGCUAGGCGCUGUGAGAAGUAACAAGGCUUUUGGGACUGCUCGUCUAUGACAGCUAGUUGAUAGCGUUCUCAACAGCUGUCUGAUAAACUUCAUUAAGAUUUAGAAUAAAACAUGAGAUGUUGAACACACACAUUUGGAAGGCAUGCUUUGUAUAUGCAUACAUUUCUUAAGAUUCUGUUCAAAUUUUGAAAGAAAUGCGGGAGCCACAAAAAGCUAGGUGCAUGUUAAAUAUGGACAUGUUUCAAUUGUCAAAAGCCAUCACAGGCCUUCUCAAUAUUUUGUUAGGAUUGUUCUUGUUCUUUUGAAUAUCUUAAACCUCAAACAAAACCAUUGUCCUUGUUCAAGUAAUUAGGACCUUUUGAAGCAGAUUAUACUACAGCAGAGUCUCACUUAUCCAACACUCGCUUAUCCAACGUUCUGGAUUAUCCAACACAUUUUUGUAGUCAAUGUUUUCAAUAUAUCAUGAUAUUUUGGUGCUAAAUUCAUAAAUACAGUAAUUACUACAUAGCAUUACUGCGUAUUGAACUACCUUUUCUGCCAAAUUUGUUGUCUAACAUGAUGUUUUGGUGCUUCAUUUGUAAAAUCAUAAUCUAAUUUGAUGUUUAAUAGGCUUUUCCUUAAUGCCUCCUUAUUAUCCAACAUAUUCACUUAUCCAACAUGCUGCCGGCCCGUUUAUGUUGGAUAAGUGAGACUCUACUGUAUAUUCAUUCUUAAGAAACCCUUUCUAGAUAUAUGUAAAACAUCCUGCCACUGAUGUACUCAUCUCAAAUCCUCUAUUCUGACUCAUGAGGUAGUCCAGCCUCCUGUUUUAUCUAAUUUUCAUGAAUAUUUGAAAUAAAUUACUUUUUAUUGUUCUCAA